CUCGUUCGCCAUUGCCUCUCUUGCCAUCGCCCAAUUGCCCUGGCUCAAAAACAUGUUACUCGCGACUACGCGAAAUCCACAAUUGCCAUCGGCACCAACAUCAAGCCCCCUUAGGCCGCCCCUUCCUUCUCUUGACCUCCUCGGUACGUCUGUUCAGCUUUUGCAAACAAUACUCCAGUUU